AAACUCGGGCGGAAGGCGCCGCACGCAUUCCCCAUCCAUGAAGCUUGCAAGGAAGACGUUUGGAUUUUAUCAGCGCUCCCGAAUACGAGCAAGAUGAGUUUGUAGUUCGACGAAAAGCUUGCACACGCAAGUGUGCCGACGCCCUCCUACUUAAUCAUGGAAGCCAAAAUGGCGUUUGUUGCGAGCUAUCUCGCCAACUCGACUCAAAUUUCUUUUCAUCAUUCUUUAAUAUCCUUCGGUUGGAUUCGCAUAGAAAAUGUCAUCCAGUCAGGAUCAGGAAAUGUGGAUGUGGAAGUACGAGCCGGUGUCCCCCAUUGGGACACCGCCUUUAGAGUGUGAUGAUGAUUGGCUAUUACUCGAUGACAAGUCUGUAGAGAUUUCUAAAAAUGCUGUGGAACCCGUUAUGUACGACGAUUGCCCUUCCCGUGCACAAGUGGCCAAGAAACUUUUGGAAGAAUUGGAUGAAUGGAUCAAAGAAGAACCCUUCUCGGAUUGGUUGGAGGAGAAGAUAGAAGUACUGCCGAUAUUCGAACAACUGCCAGUUCCCGAGAACCCGAGCAAGUCACCGAUUGUCUACCCGUCCAUUCUGAAAGUGCAGCAACAGCAGCACGACAAUACGCAGACCUUGUUGCAGGAGUUCGAAACGGUUUUGGGAGAUGUCGAAGCUUGCCAUCAGAUCGUUCCGCCGACCAGCUCUACACUUACCCCUCCGCAAUCACCCCCACAUAAAGCGAUCAACGUGGACACGCAGCUGCUGGUCACCCUGCAGCCCGUGCAAACGCUAUUUCCGGCCAAUCAACCGAUAUACAAUAUGGGUGUCCCGUCGGAAGACCCGCUCUACGUGAGCGACGCCCCGCGUCAGUGGAACGCCGAGAGCAUAUCGCUGAGUCCGCUUGGCGGGGACGUCGCGCAUGAAUUAGCGGUGGUGGACGAAUACGUUCGCUCGCACACCAAGGACAUACCGUCACCGUCAAGCCCGUGCACCAGCUCGGGCGGCAGUUGUAUCUCGACCGAGGACUCCGCUGAUGAUCCAGAUUGGAGCCUCGAGUCCGAGCGACAUAGUCUCAAGCAGUCGGUUUACGACUCUUCGAGGAAUCGCCACAAACCCUAUUCCCAACCAUCCCUCGAAGAUAAGAAAGUGCGGAAGAAGGAACAGAACAAGAACGCAGCCACGCGUUACAGGCAAAAGAAGAAACAGGAAAUUAAAGAGAUACAGGGUGAGGAGCGCGAGCUCGUGGACCACAAUGAGAAGCUGAAACAUCAAGUGAAGGAUCUGCAACGCGAAAUUGGCUAUCUCAAGGGGUUGAUGAGGGAUUUGUUCAAAGCUAAGGGUCUUCUCAAGUAAUCCAUUCGUCUAGAAACCCCUCGCUUGUCGUCGUUAUCAUCUAUCUAUAUUUUACUUAUAUGUAUAUUAAUUUUAGUUUCAUUUUAUUUUUAUUUUAUAUAUAUAUUUUUUUUUCUUGGCACUAACUAUUUUACAAUUGUACUACUAAUAUUUUUACGGUACCCUAUUGCUGUACCUCAUAUUCUACGUUUAUUCGCGAUUUCUUUAUUUCUUAACAAAUAUUUGUUAAAUAUAUAUAUAUAUAUUUUAUAGAAUUUGUCCCGCAGCAUUUUAGAAAGCUCGCAGACUUGUUAUAAGAUAAAACGUAUAUUCAAUCUAUAAGUGAUCCGUCAACAUCAGUAAGUAAGCGCGGUGUGUUUAGAUAACGUGUGAAAUUGUCGAGCGCGCGGGUUCGUGAAGCUCCGACGAGCGGAAACCUGCUGCUCGUGCACAUUCCAUCGGCUAUCUGGCAUGCCUCUCUCUUGGAUGCGAAUCUUUCAUUCCGAUUUAUCUUUUAUCGCAUAAUAUACUUUCAUACAUUAUUAAAAUUAUGUAGUAAAAAAAUAAAUGGGUUCUAUAAAACAAA